GUUGCAAAUCUUUCUAGAAUGCUGUAGUGAUGUCCUGUUAGCUCGCGCUAACUAGCCUCCUCUGAGUCCGUGCUGGGCAAACACAAACACAAACCUCGUCGCUUCGCCGAACUCGGGUAGGCAUUUUGCCAAAAGUUCGCCCUCCGCUCUUUGUAUGCUUUUUGGAUUCUAACUUCGGGCGAGUUUAGUUUGCCCACGAACUUCGCCGUUAGUCGUUUUUCAGAGCUAACGCAGCCAGUGUUGAUCAUCACCAUCAUCAUCAUCAUGUCGGGGAUAGACUACAGUGUGUGGGACCACAUCGAGGUGUCAGAUGAUGAAGAUGACACUCACCCCAACAUCGACACACCCAGUCUCUUCAGAUGGAGACACCAGGCACGGGUGGAGCGGAUGGAAGAAUUCCACAAAAAGGGUGACGACCUAAACAAGAGCCUCGCAGACUGUCGGCGUCGGCUAGCGGAGGCACAAAAGAAAGUACAAGAGCUGACCAUUUCUGCAAAGGACGAAGGCAAAGCGGAGCUGAGCAAGGCUCAGGCCGAGGAGAAGAAGCUGAGAAAAGAGGAGCGGGAAUGGGAGAAGAAGAGGGACGAUUACAAUCGGGAUGAGAAGAAGCAGCCGUGGAACGUGGACACACUCAGCAAGGAGGGCUUCAGCAAGAGCGUCGUCAAUAUCAAACCUGAGUCUCAUGAGGAAACCGAAGAGGAGAAGGAGCAGAAGCAUAAAACCUUUGUGGAAAAAAAUGAAAAGCAAAUCAAACAUUUUGGCAUGCUGCGACGUUGGGAUGACAGCCAGAAGUAUCUCUCUGACAACCCCCAUCUAGUAUGUGAAGAGACUGCCAACUACCUUGUCAUCAUGUGCAUCGACCUUGAAGUGGAGGAGAAACGCGCAUUGAUGGAGCAAGUGGCUCAUCAGACCAUCGUCAUGCAGUUCAUUCUGGAGUUGGCAAAAAGCCUCAAGGUGGAUCCUCGCGGGUGCUUUCGUCAAUUCUUUGCCAAAAUUAAGACGGCAGAUCAACAGUACCAGGACGCUUUCAAUGAUGAGCUGGAGUCAUUUAAGGAGCGAGUCCGUGGCAGGGCAAAGAUCCGCAUAGAAAAAGCCAUGAAGGAGUAUGAGGAAGAGGAACGACAGAAGCGCCUGGGGCCAGGAGGACUCGAUCCUGUAGAUGUGUACGAGUCCCUGCCAAUAGAGAUGCAGAAAUGUUUCGAUGACAAGAACAUCCAGUUGCUACAGGAUGUCAUUAGCAAAAUGGACCCAACGGAGGCGAAGCUUCACAUGAAGAGGUGCAUAGAAUCCGGGCUCUGGGUCCCCAACUCUAAACCAGACGAUGGGGAUGAAAAAGAGGAAGAUGCCACGUAUGAGGAGGUGAAACAAGAGCCGGAAGAAGCUAAGAAGGAAUAAACAAUAUAAAUAAAGUCAAACUCACAAUUUGUUGCUUUUGCGAAUGUUACCUUCCCACUGUAUUGCUGGCCGAGUGUCUGUACGACUAGUUUGUCAAUUGAGGAAUAAUUAAAUAAUUCUGUUUAGCUGCGACUUGAGGGUCAGCUACAUUUACAUCAGUAAAUCCCGCUUUAAAAUAAAAAUCUGCUUCUGAUCAGA